AUGCUUAUCAUCAUCAUCGUAAUAUUGACAACAUUAUGUAUUGUCGCUGCAAUACUAUUGUCAGCGGUUAUGAACUCGGACAACAUCGGUAAUCGUAGUACGCAUCAGCAACGACUCAUACAUAGUAAUAGCAAUCAGCCGGCGAGCAUACAAAAUAACAAAACAUCUGGUGAGCCGCAAAUAGAACCGAACCAAAACCCCAGCAAUAGUAAUAACAGUGAUUGUGUGAGCCGCAUUAAGAAAGUACAAUUUUCGAAUGAGAAUAUAACAAUAGAGGAGAAUCAUCAUCAUAACGAUAUUGAUGCAAGCAUCCAACUCAACGAUCAUCAUCAACACCAAAACCAUCAGUACAAUAGUAAUAACGUUGAUUUAAGUAGCAAUAAUAGUGACAGCAGUAAUAACAGUGAAAUCGGUAUGAGUAACGAUGCAGCAGCGGAGCGUCCCAGCUUUUUAGUUGGAGACGAAGUCGAAGCUAACGGACAUGAUGAAGUUAGUGAAGCCAGCGAUGAAUUUCCACAAAAAAUGCAAAAUGAAAUGCGUCCACAACAUGAUCUGAUGGAACGUCGCAAACGUUUGAGGCCAAGUAUGUCGCGUGGCACUGGUCUGGGGCAAGAUCGAUAUCAGGAUCGAGAUUUUCACAUCGCCACACCCGAGGAGUUUGUCAAGAAGUUUGGUGGUACUCGUGUUAUUAAUCGUGUGUUAAUUGCGAAUAACGGUAUCGCUGCUGUGAAAUGUAUGCGUUCCAUACGUCGCUGGUCCUAUGAGAUGUUCAAAAAUGAACGUGCUGUCCGUUUUGUUGUGAUGGUCACACCCGAGGAUUUGAAGGCCAAUGCGGAAUACAUUAAGAUGGCCGAUCAUUAUGUACCAGUGCCUGGAGGUUCGAAUAACAACAACUAUGCCAAUGUUGAACUGAUCGUUGAUAUUGCACUACGGACUCAAGUUCAGGCCGUCUGGGCUGGUUGGGGUCAUGCUUCUGAGAAUCCGAAAUUGCCUGAGCUCUUGCAUAAAGAGGGUCUUGUCUUCUUGGGUCCUCCCGAUCGUGCUAUGUGGGCGCUGGGUGACAAAGUUGCUUCAUCGAUUGUCGCACAGACCGCGGACAUACCCACACUGGCUUGGUCGGGUUCCGAGUUGAAGGCGCACUACAAUGGCAAGAAAAUUAAGAUUUCAAGUGAAUUGUUUCAACGCGGUUGUGUCAGCAAUGCCGAAGAGGGUCUAACUGCAGCCAAAAAGAUUGGUUUCCCCGUCAUGGUUAAAGCAUCCGAAGGUGGUGGCGGUAAAGGUAUUCGUCGUGUUGAUACCGAAACCGAGUUCCCUGCACUCUUCCGUCAAGUACAAUCCGAAGUGCCCGGUUCACCCAUAUUCGUCAUGAAGUUAGCACGUGGCGCACGCCAUCUUGAAGUCCAACUGCUUGCGGAUCAAUACGGUAAUGCGAUAAGUUUGUUCGGACGUGAUUGUUCCAUACAACGUCGUCACCAAAAGAUCAUAGAAGAAGCGCCGGCAAUUGUUGCCAAGCCCGAAGUGUUUGAGGAUAUGGAGAAAUCCGCUGUACGUUUAGCGAAAAUGGUUGGCUACGUGAGUGCCGGUACUGUGGAAUACUUGUACGAUUCAGAUGGCCAAUAUUAUUUCCUCGAGCUGAAUCCACGUUUGCAAGUGGAGCAUCCUUGUACAGAAAUGGUGGCUGAUGUAAAUUUGCCCGCUUGCCAAUUGCAAAUCGGUAUGGGUGUGCCGCUGUAUCGUUUGAAGGACAUACGUUUGCUGUAUGGUGAAUCGCCUUGGGGUUCAUCGGUGAUUGAUUUUGAGAAUCCCGUAAAUAAACCGCAGCCAUCGGGUCAUGUAAUCGCCGCACGUAUUACAUCGGAAAAUCCUGAUGAAGGUUUCAAGCCCAGUUCGGGUACGGUGCAGGAAUUGAAUUUCCGUUCUAGUAAAAAUGUAUGGGGUUACUUCAGUGUUGCCGCUUCGGGUGGUUUGCACGAAUAUGCCGACUCGCAGUUUGGUCAUUGUUUCUCUUGGGGCGAGAAUCGUCAACAAGCACGUGAAAAUCUUGUUAUUGCACUGAAGGAGCUUUCAAUUCGUGGUGAUUUCCGUACAACUGUGGAAUAUCUCAUAACAUUGCUGGAGACUAACAGCUUCUUAGACAACACCAUUGAUACCGCAUGGUUGGAUGCUUUGAUCGCCGAACGUGUACAAUCGGAAAAACCCGAUAUACUGCUGGGUGUCGUCUGCGGAGCUUUGCACAUUGCCGAUCGCCAAAUUAACGAAGCAUUCUCAAGCUUUAAGACAUCACUUGAAAAGGGUCAAAUUCAAGCAGCCAAUACACUGACAAAUGUUGUCGAUGUGGAGUUGAUUAACGAGGGGCUGCGCUACAAGGUGCAGGCCGCCAAAAGUGGCGCUAACUCUUAUUUCCUAUUAAUGAAUAACUCCUACAAAGAGGUGGAUAUACAUCGUUUGUCCGAUGGUGGUCUUUUGAUUUCAUUGGAAGGUGCCUCAUACACCACAUACAUGAAAGAGGAAGUCGAUCGGUAUCGUCUGGUUAUUGGCAAUCAAACUUGUGUUUUCGAAAAGGAAAACGAUCCCUCGCUCUUGCGCAGUCCAUCUGCCGGCAAGUUGAUAAAUCUCUUGAUUGAGGAUGGCGCACACGUUGCCAAGGGUCAAGCUUACGCGGAAAUUGAGGUAAUGAAAAUGGUCAUGACGCUAACCUCGCAAGAAGCGGGUACUGUAUCGUUUCUACGUCGGCCUGGCGCAGUGUUGGAUGCCGGUUCACUGCUCGGUCAUUUAGAGUUAGAUGAUCCAUCGCUUGUUACGAAAGCGCAACCUUUUAAGAAUCCCUUUCCACAAUCUGACAAUUCGCCAGUGCCUGAGAAACUCAACCGUGCGCACAAUCUGUAUAAAUCAAUUUUGGAAAACACUUUGGCCGGCUACUGCCUACCCGAGCCGUACAACGCCCAACGUCUACGUGAUGUUAUCGAGAAAUUCAUGGCCAGUUUGCGCGAUGCUUCAUUGCCCUUGCUCGAAUUACAAGAGGUCAUCGCCUCCAUAUCAGGCCGCAUACCUGUGUCUGUGGAGAAGAAGAUACGUAAGUUAAUGACUCUGUAUGAGCGCAACAUCACCAGUGUGCUAGCGCAAUUCCCUUCACAGCAAAUUGCCGCUGUAAUCGAUAGUCAUGCGGCCACGUUGCAGAAACGCACCGACCGGGACGUGUUCUUCCUCACCACACAGGGCAUUGUGCAGUUAGUGCAACGCUAUCGCAACGGCAUAAGAGGACGCAUGAAGGCCGUCGUGCACGAAUUGUUGCGCCAAUACUAUGACGUCGAGUCGCAGUUCCAACAUGGUCACUAUGAUAAGUGUGUAGCUUUGGUGCGCGAAAACAGCAAGGACGAUAUGCAGAAGGUGUCCAACACAAUCUUCUCACAUGCACAAGUGUCGAAGAAAAAUUUACUGGUGACUUUACUCAUCGACCAUUUGUGGUCAUUUGAACCGGGUCUAACCGAUGAGCUAGCGAAUACGUUGAGCGAACUAACAUCGUUAAAUCGUGCCGAACACUCGCGCGUCGCUUUGCGUUGCAGACAAGUACUUAUUGCUGCCCAUCAACCGGCCUAUGAGCUGCGUCAUAACCAAAUGGAGUCUAUCUUCUUGUCCGCAGUCGAUAUGUACGGCCACGAUUUCCACCCAGAGAAUCUGCAACGCCUCAUUUUAUCGGAAACAUCCAUAUUUGAUAUCUUACAUGAUUUCUUCUAUCACACGAAUCGUCAAGUGUGCAACGCUGCGCUUGAAGUGUACGUGAGACGUGCUUAUACCUCCUACGAACUCACCUGUUUACAACAUUUGGAACUGUCUGGUGGUUUGCCGCUUGUGCACUUCCAGUUCUUGCUGCCCACUGCUCAUCCCAACAGACUUUUCCCACGAAUGCUGCAAGAAAUCGGCGAGUCCGCAGAGAAAGUACUAGGCUCCUCCUUCAUGCGCACCGGCUGCAUGGCAGCCUUCGAUUCGUUUGAUCACUUCGAAAUGCAUUCGGAUGAAAUUCUCGAUUUGCUGGAGGAUUACGCAUCACCCGCCUUUGUAAGCGCGAAGAUUCUGGAAGCUGUCGAGGCGGCUGAUUCUGUUUCCGAUGGACGUCUGAGCACAUCCAUAAAUGUUUCGCUUUCCGAUCCAGUAACACGCGCAAAUGCUGUGGAAGAGGCCAAGUCAACUGAGCCCAUACAUAUUGUAAGCGUGGCCGUGCGUGAUAACGGUGAUAUGGAUGAUUUGCAAAUGGCGCAUAUUUUUGGCAGUUACUGUAAACUACACCGUGAUGAACUCUUCCAGCGCCGCAUACGCCGCAUAACAUUUGCUGCGCUGAAGAAACGCCAAUUCCCGAAAUUCUUUACAUACCGUGCACGCGAUAACUUUGAAGAGGAUAGAAUUUACCGUCAUUUAGAGCCGGCGUGUGCUUUCCAACUCGAAUUGAAUCGCAUGAAAUCAUAUGAACUGGAAGCGUUACCGACAGCUAAUCAAAAAAUGCACCUCUAUUUGGGUAAGGCCAAGGGUUCGAAGGGUCAGGAAGUUACCGAUUACCGCUUCUUCAUACGUUCUAUUAUUCGGCAUUCGGAUUUGAUCACAAAGGAAGCUUCCUUCGAAUACUUGCAAAAUGAAGGUGAGCGCGUCUUACUCGAAUCAAUGGACGAGCUGGAAGUGGCUUUCUCACACCCACAUGCUAAGCGCACCGAUUGUAAUCAUAUUUUCCUCAACUUUGUACCAACUGUUAUAAUGGAUCCAGCGAAAAUUGAAGAAUCUGUAACCAAGAUGAUAAUGCGUUACGGACCACGCCUUUGGAAGCUGCGUGUAUUACAAGCUGAGCUGAAAAUGUUAAUAAGACAAUCACCACAAGCGCCAACACAAGCUAUACGCUUAUGCAUUGCCAAUGAUUCCGGUUACUUCCUGGAUAUUGCUAUGUACACCGAAGUCACUGACCCCGAGACGGGCAUUAUAAAGUUCAAGGCUUACGGCGAGAAGCAAGGCUCACUGCACGGUCACCCAAUCUCCACACCGUAUAUGACUAAAGAUUUCCUACAACAGAAACGCUUCCAGGCACAACAAAAUGGCACCACUUAUGUCUAUGAUAUACCCGAUAUGUUCCGCCAAAUGACGGAGCGCCAUUGGAAGGAGUACUCGAAGGCGCGGCCCACAGUAGAUAUAAGAAUUCCGGAUAAAAUCUUGAUUGAAUGUAUGGAGUUGGUGUUGGAUGAUGAUAACUUGGUGGAAAUGCAACGCUUACCUGGCGAAAAUAAUUGCGGCAUGGUGGCAUGGCGUAUUGUCUUGGCUACACCGGAGUACCCCGAAGGACGUGAAAUGAUUGUGAUUGCCAAUGAUUUGACAUAUUUGAUUGGAUCUUUUGGCAUCAAAGAGGAUGUGCUAUUCAAUAAGGCAUCGCAAUUGGCGCGUAGCAGAAAAGUGCCUAGGAUUUAUAUCUCGGUGAACAGUGGUGCACGCAUUGGUCUAGCUGAAGAGGUGAAAUCCAUGUUUAAUGUAGCAUGGGAAGACCCUGAAGAGCCGGACAAGGGUUUCAAAUACUUGUAUUUAACCACCGAGGAUUACAGUAAAGUGGCCAAUUUGAAUUCAGUACGCGCUAUUCUUAUCGAAGAUGAAGGCGAGCCCCGUUAUAAGAUAACCGACAUCAUUGGCAAAGAAGACGGUUUGGGUGUGGAGAAUUUACGUUAUGCCGGCUUAAUUGCUGGUGAAACGUCACAAGCAUACAACGAAAUUGUCACCAUGUCCAUGGUGACAUGCCGUACCAUUGGUAUUGGUUCGUAUGUUGUACGUUUGGGUCAACGUGUCAUACAAAUCGAUAAUUCACACAUCAUUCUGACCGGUUAUGCAGCGCUGAAUAAGCUCCUUGGUCGCAAAGUAUAUGCUUCCAAUAAUCAAUUGGGCGGUGUACAAAUUAUGUACAACAACGGUGUCACACAUAAGACUGAAGCUUUGGAUCUCGACGGUGUGUAUACUCUUCUGCAAUGGCUUUCAUACAUUCCAGCAUACAUCGGUGGCGAUUUGCCGAUUGUAUUGCCAAGUGAUCGUAUUGAUCGUUCAGUAGACUUUAUGCCAACGAAGUCACCUUAUGACCCCCGAUGGAUGUUAGGUGGACGUGUGAAUCCUGCCAAUUCGAGUGAAUGGGAGAAUGGUUUCUUUGAUCGCGACAGUUGGGCUGAAAUUAUGUCUUCGUGGGCGAAAACCGUUGUAACCGGCCGUGCACGUCUGGGUGGUGUGCCUGUCGGUGUAAUUGCUGUUGAAACCCGCACCGUUGAAGUCGAAUUACCUGCCGAUCCAGCUAAUUUAGACUCUGAAGCCAAAACGCUUCAACAAGCCGGACAAGUCUGGUAUCCAGAUUCUUCAUAUAAGACAGCGCAAGCUAUCAAAGAUUUUGGACGCGAAGAAUUACCUUUGGUUAUCUUUGCUAAUUGGCGUGGUUUCUCAGGCGGCAUGAAAGAUAUGUACGAGCAGAUUGUCAAAUUUGGCGCAUACAUUGUGGAUGGCCUACGUGAAUACAAGAAGCCCGUAAUCAUCUACCUACCGCCGAAUGCUGAGUUGCGUGGCGGCGCUUGGGCUGUGCUGGACUCGCUAAUCAAUCCACGUUAUAUGGAAACGUAUGCAGAUCCAGAGGCACGUGGUGGCGUUUUGGAGCCGGAGGGUAUUGUUGAAAUCAAAUACAAAGAGAAAGACUUGUUGAAGACAAUACACCGCUUGGAUACAACCACCAUUGCGCUCAAAAAAGAGUUGGAAGAACUGAUUGCCGCCGGUGAUAAGAUCAAAGCCGCGCUAAUUGAGGAAAAACUCAAGACACGCAUUUCACAACUGAUGCAUGUAUACCAUACGGUGGCCGUACACUUUGCCGAUUUGCAUGACACACCCGAACGCAUGUUGGAAAAGGAAUGCAUCAGCGAGAUUAUACCAUGGCGUGAUUCUAGACGUUUGCUCUACUGGCGUCUUCGCCGUUUGCUACUGGAAGAUGCGCUCAUUAAAAAACUUAUGAAAGCGCAGGAGAGCCUUUCGGUUGGGCAAGCAAAACAAAUGCUGCGUCGUUGGUUGGUCGAAGACCGUGGCGCUAUGGAUGCGUAUAUCUGGGAUAAGAAUGAAGAGAUGGUGCACUGGUAUGAGGAACAGAAACGACCAGAUUCAGUUAUUGCAAAGAACCUGAACGCUGUGAAACAGGAUGCUAUCAUCUCGAAAAUCAAUCAAAUGCUGGAGGACUGCCCGGAUGUGGCUUUAGAUGCUGUUGUAAGCAUAUGCCAAGGACUGACACCUAUGAACCGUGGCGCUGUGGUGCGCACAUUAACGCAAUUGGAGUUGAAUGAGGAGACGACGGCUACAAAUACGCAGGGAUGAUAUCGCGUAUAUUAAAAUACUAUAUAUUUAUAAGAAAUGUAAUAUAAAUUUAUAGAGAUUUUCUAGCAAUCCCCACGAAUAUUUUGUAUGUGCGCACAUCACACCACUACUUACUACUCAUACUCUUUGUAAAUAGCUAAAAGUACGUGAAAAAUGAACCACCAGCUCCACUUCAUUGCUUUGUCAUACAAAUAUCUGCGUACGUCAUACGUUUAUACUUUACAUUAUCUAGUAAUUCUAGUUGAUAAUCACACUUCCUACAUAAAUUUAUAUGUACAUUCGAUUUAUUAAAUAUUGAAUAUAUGUUAUAUUUAUAUAUUUAAUAUAAGCUAUGUAUGCAUGUUAUUUUCGAAGACCUUUUUAUUAUGAGUUUCCUGUGCAUAUAUAUUUAAGAAAACAUGAAAAGAUAAAAGGAGUAGAACAAAGCAAAUAAAAAAACAGCACAAUACUAGUUAAAAUUUAAAUAAUUAUUUUAUAUAAAAGGGGUGUUCUCAAACCAUGUUUGAUAU